GCUGCAACAUUUAGAUGGUAAGGUCAGAAUUUGGCGUAACCAACAUGAAAGCAUGGAUCCAUCCUGCCUUGUAUCAAUGGUUCAGGCUGGUGAUGGUGUCAUGGUGUGGUGGAUCCAUCCUGCCUUGUAUAAGUGGUUCAGGCUGGUGGUGUCAUGGUGUGGUGGAUCCAUCCUGCCUUGUAUCAAUGGUUCAGGCUGGUGGCUGGUGGUGUCAUGGUGUGGUGGAUCCAUCCUGCCUUGUAUCAAUAGUUCAGGCUGGUGGUGGUGGUGGUGUCAUG